AGUCUUUCACAGGUGUACCGGCUCCUCCCCUCCAGUCUUGCACAGGUGUACCGGCUCCUCCCCUCCAGUCUUGCACAGGUGUACCGGCUCCUCCCCUUCAGUCUUGCACAGGUGUACCGGCUCCUCCCCUCCAGUCUUGCACAGGUGUACCGGCUCCUCCCCUCCAGUCUUGCACAGAUGUACCGGCUCCUCCCCUCAGUCUUGCACAGGUGUACCGGCUCCUCCCCUCCAGUCUUGCACAGGUGUACCGGCUCCUCCCCUCCAGUCUUGCACAGGUGUACCGGCUCCUCCCCUCCAGUCUUGCACAGAUGUACUGGCUCCUCCCCUCAGUCUUGCACAGGUGUAGUGGCUCCUCCCCUUCAGUCUUGCACAGGUGUACCGGCUCCUCCCCUUCAGUCUUGCACAGGUGUACCGGCUCCUCCCCUUCAGUCUUGCACAGGUGUAUCGGCUCCUCCCCUUCAGUCUUGCACAGGUGUACCGGCUCCUCCCCUUCAGUCUUGCACAGGUGUACAGGCUCCUCCCCUCCAGUCUUGCACAGGUGUACCGGCUCCUCCCCUCCAGUCUUGCUCAGGUGUACCGGCUCCUCCCCUUCAGUCUUGCACAGGUGUACCGGCUCCUCCCCUUCAGUCUUGCACAGGUGUACCGGCUCCUCCCCUUCAGUCUUGCGCAGGUGUACCGGCUCCUCCCCUUCAGUCUUGCGCAGGUGUACCGGCUCCUCCCCUUCAGUCUUGCGCAGGUGUACCGGCUCCUCCCCUUCAGUCUUGCGCAGGUGUACCGGCUCCUCCCCUUCAGUCUUGCACAGGUGUAUCGGCUCCUCCCCUUCAGUCUUGCACAGGCGUGCCGGCUCCUCCCCUUCAGUCUUGCACAGGCGUGCCGGCUCCUCCCCUUCAGUCUUGCGCAGGUGUACCCGCUCUCCUCCCCUUCAGUCUUGCACAGGUGUACCGGCUCCUCCCCUUCAGUCUAGCACAGGUGUGCCGGCUCCUCCCCUUCAGUCUU